CCAAAUAUUUUCCCGUACGGCCCUCUCACUCAGUAAAUAAGUACACAGUAUUUGAUGAAAGAGGAAAAUCUAACUAACGCGAACCUAACGAACAUGAAUCAAUUUAAAUCCGGUGAAGUGGACAAAAACAUGGCAAAAGGAUGCCAACGUUUGAGAGGUCCUAAAGGCGAGCCUGGUGAGAAAGGCAAACAAGGAGAAAAAGGAGAAAAAGGAGCCUUAGGAGCAAAGGGAUGUUCCGGGACUUCAUUUGCCUAUCCUACUUUCGAACCAAGUCCUCGAUACUUGGUGUUAAACGAAGGAGAUCAUGCUGUCCUGUCCUGUAACGCAACCGCCAGUCCCCCUGCACAGAUCACGUGGCACCGUAACAACAGAGUGCUGUUUCAAAAAGGAAAUAAUGUAACCCAACGUUACAUCAUUGAGAAUCGCAACAUCCACAUUAAGAAAGCUUCUGCCAGACUCUAUAUGUGUCCCAGUGAAAUCACACAUCCAGUAACCCAAAGUACAUUGGUUAUUAAGCAGUCACGUGGUUCAGACUCAGGGACUUACGUCUGUAAGGCAUAUAAUAUGAUGGGUGCUGUCUCAUAUGAAAUACCAGUUCUCGUACGAGUGUAUGUUAGGUGUUCUGCUUACCCAUCCUCCACCACAGUCGUAAAAGGUAAUGACAUACAGCUUAGUUGCCGCGCCUCUGGUGUUCCUACUCCAGUGAUCACGUGGUACAGGAAGGACGGAGGUCCCAUGCCCAGUCAGUACAAUAUAAGUGGAGGAGAUCUACAUAUUUAUAAGAUCAGUAAAGAAGAAGAAGGGACUUUUGUGUGUUUGGCAACAAAUGUCCUCGGAUCCAAGACAACUGAGGCUACAAUUACCGUCAAUGUGUUCCCCAAGAUUACGUCAUUUCUAGAUCAACCAAUGACGCUCAACGAAAGUCAGACCUUGGUCUUGCCAUGUAACGCCACAGGGUUCCCGAGCCCUGAGAUUCGUUGGUCUAAAGUCAAUGAUUCAUUACCAGAAGGUCGUUACUUGUACGACUUUCAGAUGUUGAAUAUAUCACGUGUUAAGUACGAGGAUCGAGGAGAGUAUGUAUGUACUGUCAAUAACACCGUAGGCACAACUGUCAAUAAGGUUACAGUAAUUGUUCAAGUUGGCCCUAAAAUCACGAAAAUACCUAACGCCAGAGAAUAUGGUUAUCGUGGAAAAUCCCAUACUUUUUUGUUUGAGGUUUUUGCUUUUCCAGAAGCCAAAAUAACUUGGAAAAAAACAAACCGCAAGGAUGUCAACGAGGGACGAUUUCGACAGAGAAAUGGCUCUCUUUUCAUUGAGAAUACCAAGUACGAAGACUCUGGUCGUUACCAGGCAACAGCCAGGAAUAUUCUCGGUGAAGUGAAAGUGACAACUUUACUGAUAGUUAGAGAUGCUGUUCAAGCAUUGAUUAUAUCGAAAGAGUUUCGAAAGCGCAUUUCGGUGAAAGAGGGAAGAAACCUAACCGAGAUGUGCCAUGCAGUAGGGGUACCAACACCUGAGAUAGUUUGGACACUCAAGGAUAACACGAUAAUAUCUGAAACAACACUGAGCCUACCUCUGAAUAUCGUUAAUGUUGGAAGUCGACAUGCUGGACGCUAUACCUGCACGGCUACAAAUGCAUUUGGGUCUGAUCAGCAAACCCUUAAUGUGACAAUAAUAGAAAGAUGGGUUAAGGUAGAAGGACGUAGGGACUAUUAUAGCUACAGAUACAAGUCUUACUCAACGACGAGCCGAUCGACUGGGACACUAUUCUCGUAUAAUUACCCGAGUAACUACCCAGGAAAUUUCAAAUACGACUGGAAGUUAACAUCCAAUGCUAAAAUCAGUUUAUAUUUCACGAGCUUCGACACUGAAUCUUGUUGUGACAGACUGAGAAUAUACAACGGCAAUUCUACAUCCAAUCAUCUCUUUGGUGAAUUCAGCGGGAAUGCUUUACCACCGAACAUCACUAGUUCAUCAAACGCACUGUACCUGCAAUUCAUCUCAGAUCGUUCCAAACAAAAAACAGGAUUUCUUGUUAAGUACAAAGGUAUAUAUUCACAGUUGCCUCUAAAAUUGCCGAAUUUGCACUUUGACAUCACAAUGGAGGCUAAGCAAAGACGCCUUCGUUUUCCUUUCUUGACUAUUUUCAACAUUCUCCAUGUCUGUAUUUCUAUUGGACUCGUAAUCGCAGUCGUUCGUAACCAACUUGUCAACGAAUYAAGAAUUGAGAAACUUGAGAGAAACGAUUGCAAAUGUUCCACUAGUGAGGACAAACAAAAGGAUGACGAAGUUAGCAAGUCGUUUGACUCUUUUUCCAAACAGAGCACAGGCAGUCUGGCAACAGAUAAAAGUGACAUCACGACUGCUCAUUAUAUGUCUAAAAGAACACUGGACGAUCAACUCAAUCAUCGCUUUCAAAAUGAGUAUCAUUCACACAAUGGCAAAGACAUACGAAAGCUUGGUCCUAAGAGCAAAUCAUUGGCCAACAACACGAUCCUCAAAGAAGGAGAAGCCUCUGUGGAUACGACUGUUUCUACUGGAAUCAAAAUCCUGAAUAGUUCAGAUGAAGGAUGGAAACAAAACGGUUCCACGAAGUCAUUGGACAACAGCACGAUUCUAAAGGAAACCGAAGUUAAUGCGAGUUCGAGUGUUUCUACUGAAUUCGAAAUCCUGAAUAAUUCAAAUGAAGACAAUAAGGCUAGUCAAUCGAAACUUAACAAAGAGUCCACUAAGGACAGGACGAUAUCAGACAUCUUAGGAAAGGAGGCUCGUCAGCUGUUUUCCUGUCUCGACAAGUUUAAAGUUAUUAUCGAAAGUCAAAUGACAACUGGUAACAAAAAGGAUGGUUGUGGAAUAUUGCAAGCAGGUCUUAAAGGAGAUCCUGGUGAGAAAGGUGAACCAGGGCAAAAAGGAGCUAUGGGACCUAAAGGAUGUUCCGGUACCUCAUUUGCCUAUCCUACUUUCGAACCAAGUCCUCGAUACUUAGUGUUCAACGAAGGAGAUCAUGCUGUCCUGUCCUGUAACGUAACGGCCAAUCCACCUGCACAGAUCACGUGGUACCGUGAUAAUGUCAUGCUUGUUGGAAAACGUGACAAUGGUUCUCAUCGUUACAUUAUCAAACAUCGUGACGUCGUGACAAAUCCAGCUUCUGCCAGAGACCAGAUGUGUCCCAGUGAAAUCCCACAUCCAGUAACCCAAAGUAUCUUGGUUAUUAAACAGUCACGUGGUUCAGACUCAGGGACUUACCUCUGUAAGGCACGUAAUAUCUUGGGUGUUUACAACUACGGGAUACGGAUCCUAGUGCAAGUCAAUGCACAGUUCACUAAGACACCAGCAAACCGCACAAUCGUACAAGGUAAAGACGUACAGCUUAGUUGCCGCGCCUCUGGUGUUCCUACUCCAGUGAUCACGUGGUACAGGAAGGACGGAGGUCCUAUGCCCAGUCAGUACAAUAUAACUGGAGGAGAUCUACAUAUUUAUAAGAUCAGUAAAGAAGAAGAAGGGACCUAUGUGUGUUUGGCAACAAAUGUUCUCGGAUCCAAGAUAACUGAGGCUACAAUUACCGUCAAUGUGUUCCCCAAGAUAACGUCAUUUCUAGAUCAACCAAUGACGAUCAACGAAAGUCAGACUUUGGUCUUACCAUGCAACGCCACAGGGUAUCCGAGCCCUGAAAUUUGUUGGUCUAAAGUCAAUGAUUUAUUACCAGAAGGUCGAUACGUGUAUGACUCUCAGAUGUUGAAUAUAUCACGUACUAAGUAUGAGGAUCGAGGUGAAUACGUAUGCACUGUCAAUAACACCGUAGGCAUGACUGUCAAGAAAGUGAAAGUUAUCGUCCAAGUCGGACCAAAGAUCAUCAAAAGGCCAGAUGUUACAGAGUUUGGUUAUCGAACACACACAAAAAAAAUCCACUUUGAAGUAUUUGCAUGGCCAAUCCCGAAAAUAACUUGGAAAGUGCCUUACUGGGAUCAAAAACGCGAUGGACGAUUUCGGCAGGAAAACGGAGACCUAAUUAUAAAGAAUGUCAAGUACACAGACUCUGGUCGUUACCAGGCAACAGCCAGGAAUAUUCUCGGUGAAGUUAAGGUGACGACAUUUCUAGCGGUUCAAGAUGCAGUGCCACCAUUUAUAAGAAAAAAUCUUCCAGCACUUAUCACCUUGAAGAAUGGACAGAAUUUUUCGAUAGUGUGCAGCGUAACUGGUGUUCCCACGCCCAGAAUCGUAUGGAAACAUUCAUUGUCAAACUACAGUACAGAAAAUAAGACGCUAAAGAUAAUCCGUGCAAAUUAUCUACAUAGAGGAAAUUACACUUGUACUGCAGAAAAUGGGUUUGGAAUUAUAAAACAGCAUCUUGUAAUAAGUGGUCUAGUUAAAGACAUACGGCUGCAUGGAUCUGCAAACGUUUACGAAGGACGUGUAGAGAUAUAUCACAAUGGUCAGUGGGGAACAGUGUGUGAUGAUGAAUGGGACAUGAACAAUGCACGUGUUGUUUGCAGACAGCUUGGGCUCAAAGAUGCUCAAAGGGCUCCGAUUAAAGCUAAGUUUGGCCAAGGGUCUGGUCCAAUAUGGCUGGACAACGUGAGCUGUACCGGAAGCGAAGGUAGACUUCAAGACUGUCGUCACGCGGGAUGGGGAGUAGAGAAUUGCCAACAUAGCGAAGACGCCAGUGUUGUUUGUGUCUCUUAACCGUAAUAAAAGUUUUAGUAAAGAUUUA